AUGGAUCCGAUCUUUCAAUUUUCCGACGAAGAACUCAACGAUGGCGGUGGCGAUCCAAGAGAAGAACUCCACACGAACCCGAGCGAAGAAGAUCAAGAAGAAGUAGAGAAUCUUGCUCCGGCGAUUCCUCCUCAAGAAGAAGUAGAGAAUCUUGCUCCGACGAUUCCUCCUCGACAAAUCCCAGAGUUACUCAUCGCAAGAAUCGUCGCACUCGUACCGAGAUGUCAGUACCCGAAGCUAUCUCUCAUCUCCAGAGCCUUCUUUCGAGUCAUCUCUUCGCCGGAACUCUACAUAAGGCGCUUGCAACUCGGCCUCACCGAACCGGUUCUUUAUGCCUUGAUCGGAUUCCCAUAUAGUUACGAACGUUUCUCGAGAUGGCACAUUCUCAACUUAAACAUCUCAGAAAGCUUGCGCGAGGUCCCUACAUUUCCUCCUAUGUAUCCUGGAUCUUCUGUGGUCACAUUCGGAUACAAUAUGUAUGUGAUCGGUGGUUUGAACGGGUUUAAUCACCCUGUAUCGACUGUGUUUGUCCUCGACUGUAGAUUCCACGCGUGGGACAAUCUCCCAAGUAUGCACAGGGCUCGCUACCGUGCAGCCGCCGGAGUCAUUGACAGAAAGAUUUAUGUCAUCGGAGGUUGCGAGAGGCCUCAUGCAUAUGAUGGUUGGAUCGAAGUGUUCGAUGUUGAUAACGGGGUUUGGAGUACUGUGCCUGAUCCAUCCCACUACAACUCUAAUAUGCCGGGAGGAGGGUUUGUGACAUCUGUGGUGAUGCAGGAUAGGAUUUACAUUUUGGAUGCUCUCUGUGCUUUGGUCUACGAACCAAGACAAGGUACAUGGCAGUCUUUGGGACUUGAAUCAUCUACGUUGAUGGAUUUUUGGCGCCAACCGUGUUGUGUGAUUGAGGAUCUCCUGUAUAGCUUUGAUGUACUGUGUGUUCUUAAACAUCCAAUAGUGGUAUUUGAUCCAGUUGAAAUGGUUUGGAAUCCUGUGAAGGGUUUAGACGAUGGCUUGCCUUACCUCAGAUACUCUGUGUGUCAAAUGGCGAAUGUGGGUGGGAAGCUGAUGGUUUUGGCCACUUCAAACACCAUCUAUAAUGAUACUUGGUGCAUAGAGAUCACGUUAGAAAGACGUGAAGGAGGUGAGAUUUGGGGGACAGUCGAUUCAAAGGAGAUUGUGCUUAUCUCCGGGACCUCGCCUUCUAUUGAUCUUUCUUGCUCUGUUACGGUUUGAUGAUCUAUGGGAUGGUUUC